GUGGAUGAGCGUUAGGCCCAAUUAUUCAUUGUUGCGUAAGUCAUAUCUCAGCAGCAGCAGAGUCACGUACUUCACGUAGCGGCUGAUGGAAUCGGAAGUGAUCUGUGAGUAACGUGUAUUACCACGACGUGCAGUUCACUUGAACUACGUAGUACUGCACAGAAACAGCGUAGCGGUGUGAAGACCAGAGAAAGCAUUCACGGAACAGACCCGUUUAUGCCGAACUCUGUUCACUGAUAAAUGACAAUGAAAUCCUUCGUUCUGUUGGCGCUUUUACUCAGCAGCGUCCACGUGACGGCAGCAGGAUCCGCUGCACACAGGUGCUUCUGCCAGGUCACUGGGACUCUUGAUGAUUGUGCUUGUGAUGUUGAGACCAUCGACAGUUUCAACAACAAAGAAAUCUUUCCCAAACUACAAAAACUACUAUCAUCCGAUUAUUUCCGGUUUUAUAAGGUCAAUUUGAACAACCCCUGUCCAUUCUGGACAGACCAUAGUCAGUGUGGACUCAAAUACUGUGCUGUGAAACCAUGCAAACCAGGUGAAGUACCAGAGGGCCUUAAAUCCAACAGUUACAAGUAUUCAGAAGAGGCCAGUCAGGAUAUAGAGGAGUGUGAGAAGGCAGAGAAACUUGGAGCUGUCAAUGGUUCUCUAAGCGAUGAGACACGUCAGGCUCUUCAGGAGUGGAAGAAACACGAUGAUGAAUCGGACCGCUUCUGCAUGUUGGAUGAUGAAGACUCGCCUGAAUCACAGUAUGUCGACCUCCUGCUCAACCCUGAGCGUUUCACCGGCUAUAAAGGACCAGAGGCCUGGCGGAUCUGGAACAGCAUAUAUGAAGAGAACUGCUUCAAACCGUAUUCAGUUAAACGGCCACUGAAUCCUUUGGCGUCCAACAGUGGGGAGGAUGGGCAAGGGUUCUACCACUGGCUAGAGGGCUUGUGUGUGGAGAAACGAGCAUUCUUCAGGCUGAUUUCAGGACUGCAUGCUAGUAUAAACAUACACCUGAGUGCCAGGUACCUACUAGAUGAAAACUGGUUCGAAAUGAAGUGGGGUCACAAUGUCUCCGAGUUCCAGCUGAGGUUUGACGAGGAGCUGACAGAAGGGGAAGGGCCAAAGAGGCUACGCAACCUCUACUUCCUGUACCUCAUUGAGUUGCGUGCUCUGGCAAAAAUACUCCCUUAUUUUGAACGUUCCAACUUUAAUUUGUACACUGGCCAACCCACACAAGACAAUGAGAACAAGGAACUGCUUCUAGAGCUCCUCCAUGUGGCCAAAUCAUUUCCAUUGCAUUUUGAUGAGACUGCUCUGUUUGCUGGAAAUAAGAAGGAAGCCAUGAAACUGAAAGAAGACUUCAAGCUGACCUUUAAGAACAUCUCACGCAUCAUGGACUGUGUUGAGUGCUUUAAAUGCAGACUUUGGGGCAAAUUGCAGACCCAGGGCCUGGGAACCGCACUGAAAAUCCUGUUCUCAGAAAGGCAAAUAGAGGCAAUGCCCAACGCAAGCAACACCAAUCCAUCUUUUCAGCUCAGCCGGCAGGAAAUUGUCUCUUUGUUCAAUGCUUUCGGAAGGAUCUCCACAAGUGUCAGAGAGCUGGAGAACUUCCGGACGCUUUUGUCAAAUCUCAAACAGUGACUGUAAAAGUUCCUAAUUCAGCCAGUCAAGAAUUUGAAAGAUUUGUUUUGGGUUAAAUCACUGUUUUCCGAAUGUUUCAGACGUUUUAUACCAAUAAUUUCUAAAUACUGUUUAACAGCACUGCAAAAUUUUACCCAUUAAGAAUUGAGCACUUUAGAUGCAAAACUGUAAUGUUAGGGCUAAUUUUCCACUAUUACACAUUUCUUACAAAAUUUUUCACGUUAAAUAACUGAAUAGGUGACCAAAAAUAAUGUAGCUUCUUAGGAACUAAUUGGAAAUACAUAAAGUUGAGGUCAAAAGUUUUACAUCCCCCUUUUAGAAUCAUUAAAAAUGUAAAUUGUUUUGCCAAAAUAAGAGGGAUCAUGAAAAAUGCAUGUUAUUGUUUAUUUAGUACUGACCUGAAUAUGAUAUUUCACAUAGAUGUUUAUAUAUAGUUCACAAGAGAAAAUAAUAGUUGAAUUUAUAAACAAUGAGUCAAAAGUUCACAUCCCCUUGAUUCGUAAUACUGUGUUGUUACCUGAAUCAUCCACAGCUUUUUUUUUUUGUUGUUUAGUGAUAGUUGUUCAUGUGUCCCUUGUUUGUCCUGAGCAGUUAAACUGCCCGCUGUUCUUCAGAAAACUCCUUCAGGUCCCACAAAUUUUUUGUUUUUUUCAGCAUUUUUGUGUAUUUGAACCCUUUCCAACAAUGACUAUUAUUUUGAGAUCCAUCUAUUUACACUGAGGACAACUGAGGAACUCAUAUGCAACUAAGAAGGAAACACGAUGCAUUAAGAGCCGGGGGGGUGAAAACUUUUUGAUUUUGUACAUCAGGGUAAAUAUAACUUAUUUUGUCUUCUGGAAAACAUGUAACCACUUUAUUUGUAUAUUUUGCAUAAGUAAAACCAAGUUGCCAUUUCUUUAUAGAAGUAAUAUAUUUACAUGUUUUUGGAAGUUACCAUUUUGAAAAAUAUAAGGUUAAAAAUGUAUGGUUAAAAUUAGGUGUUGUAUUUUUUGAAUAGUUUUGUUUUGUUUUUCAACAUAUUGACUAUUUUAUGGAUGCCCGUUUUCACCACUGAAUAAAAUAACAGGUAAUUGUGACUUUUUAUCUCACAAUCCUGACUUGAUCACAGUUGCAAGUUUACAUUUUCUCAGAAUUACGUGAUUCCGAGUUUGUCUCGAGUUUACAUGAAAAUAAACUCACAAUUCUGAGGCGGGGUUUUUUGCCUCAAAAUUGGACUUUAUAACUUUUUAUAUCCCAAAUUUCUGAGCGAAUUAGAAUUGUGGGGAAAAAAGUCAGAAUUGCAAGUUUAUUUGCAGUUCUAUUUCUCGCAUUUGUAAGUUUAUAUCACAGUUUUGAGAAAAAAAAAAGUCAGAAUUGUGAGAAGUCGCAAUAUAUAUAUAUUUUUAUUCGGUAGCAGAAGAGAUUUUUUUUUUUUUUAUAUUGUACUUUCACAAAAAGUGUUUUAUUUUGAAUAAUAUUGUUCUUUACUGGUAGUAUUUCUGUUGAGUUGCACAUGUGUUUUGCAUUUAUUUUGUGAUGAAUGAUAAGUCUCGGGGAGGUUUAUGCGUGUUUUUUUUUUUGUUUUUUUAUACAUUCCUUUAUACAUUUCCGGUUAUUCGCUUAACAUUUCAGUGCAUUCAUUGUAUACAUUUAAUCGGUAAAUGUGUUACUUGGGAAUCAAACCCAUGAUAUUGUUAGUUCCACAGUCCAACAGUUGAGCUCCAGGAUGUUACACAACUGCCAAAUGUUUGACAUAACCCAAAUUAUAAUCAAUUAAUAGCAUGUAUUAAUAGCAUAGUGCUGAAUCAAACAUUGAACAUACAGCUGACGAUCUUAGAACCACAGAAGCAAGAUUCAAAGGCCAUUCUGUCCUAAUUUAAGCUGUUCCAUGAGAUACAACCACUACAAAUUCAAUUGUGGCCAGCGGUUCAGACAAGAAACAAAAACACAGUUAGAUGUGUUAGACAGUUAUCAAGAGAAAUGAACACUGGAAUUGUAAAGUAAAAAAAAAUGAAGACACAGAAACACUGGAGCUGCUGUCUGCAUUGAACAGCAUUUUUUCUGUCAUUUUCUUAGAAUAAAUCCCAUCAAAGGACCCAGACUGAUUAAAACAAAACUUGUUUUUAAAACAGUGCAAUAAAACUUUAUUUUUUUUAAUGGUA